AUUGGUGGCUGGCGCUUACUGCUGGAGUCUGGACUGCUCUCUACUCCGUGCAACUUCUAUGACUCUCCCAUUUUAAUUCAGAGAAAUACGGCGCUGGUUUUUCCUAUAUAUUAUACACAUAUAACUUCCUAGUGUUUAACGACCCACAGAUCUCCUUCUUCUCUGCAAAUUAACCAACACACACACACACACUCUCUCUGAAACAAUGAGCGAUCUCAAGUCCAAGUUUUUGGAUGUGUACGCUGUCCUCAAAUCUGAGCUGCUUAAUGACCCAGAUUUCGAAUUUACUGAUGAUUCUCGUCAAUGGGUCGACAAGAUGUUGGACUACAAUGUGCCUGGAGGGAAGCUUAAUCGGGGGCUCUCUGUUAUUGACAGCUACAGUUUGUUGAAUGAUGGGAGAGAACUAACUAGUGAGGAAAUCUUUCAAGCAUCUGCCCUUGGCUGGUGCAUUGAAUGGCUUCAAGCAUAUUUCCUUGUUCUUGAUGAUAUAAUGGAUAACUCUCAUACACGUCGAGGUCAACCAUGCUGGUACAAAUUACCAAAGGUUGGCAUGAUUGCUGUUAAUGAUGGCAUACUUCUCCGCAACCACAUCACGAGAAUUCUGAAGAACCACUUCAGAGCAAAGCCUUAUUAUGUUGAUCUUCUCGAUUUGUUUAAUGAGGUUGAGUUCCAGACUGCCUCUGGACAAAUGAUAGAUUUGAUCACAACACUUGUUGGAGAGAAAGAUUUAUCAAAGUACUCAUUGCCUAUUCAUCGCCGGAUUGUCCAGUAUAAAACUGCUUAUUAUUCAUUCUACCUCCCAGUGGCAUGUGCACUUCUAAUGGCAGGAGAUAAUCUUGACAAACAUGUUGAUGUCAAGAACAUACUUAUUGAAAUGGGAAUCUAUUUUCAAGUCCAGGAUGAUUAUCUGGACUGUUUUGCUGACCCAGAGGUGCUGGGUAAGAUUGGCACCGAUAUUCAGGAUUUCAAGUGCUCUUGGUUGGUAGUGAAAGCUCUAGAACUCUGCAACGAGGAGCAAAAGAAAUUAUUAUAUGAGAACUAUGGAAAAGACGACCCUGAAUGUAUUGCUAAAAUAAAGGCGCUUUAUAAUGAUCUCAAACUUGAGGAAGUAUUUCUGGAAUACGAGAAGAAAUCGUAUGAAAAGCUGACAAGCUCCAUUGCAGCUCAUCCAAGCAAAGCAGUGCAAGCAGUGCUACACUCAUUCUUGGGAAAGAUAUAUAAGAGGCAGAAGUAGGAAAUAAACUAAUUCGUCAAUUUCAAGAGUCUAUUGUUGACAAGUAUUUGUGUUCUCCCAAUGGGGAUGACAUGUCUGUAUUUCAUGCAUUUUUCUGCUUUCUUGUAUGGCUUUCUGGUCUCGUGUUUCUUAUUUUGACAGAUUGAUGAUGUAUUAUGAUUUUCCAAGAAAUGCAAACUCUACCCUUUUUCACCUUCAAUAAUUAGUACACAUUUGGCGAAAUA